CCUGUAGUGCACUUCGUGUCCAGAAGGGAGAGGUUUGGGAUUCGCCCCCGCAGCGGAGAACAUGGCGGCGCUGCUGCAACAUGGAAGCCGCUACAGUAAACACAUUACCAGCGGGCGUCUUUGGUCUCUGGCGUCUCGUAGCAUUCAUUCACACUGUGGCAGGGAUAAAGCACUUUUCAGUAGCGGUUUAGGGAAGAUCUCGAUAUGCAGUAACUGUGCUGGAUGGCGGAUUACAGCGCAGCCCAGCCGGGGUGUGAAGUCACAACUCAUUCAGCAAAUCCUGAACAGACCCCUGAGUCCAACAUUUCUAGGGCUGAGCAAAGUGAUCUGCAGAAACAGUUUGCUCACUGAUCCAGUGGGAUUGUGGAGGAGUCUUGGUGGUGUCAGUUAUUUCAGCAAAUCCUCUGAUAGACAACAGAAGAAAGAUGGAUCGAACAAGAAAUCAUCCAAAGAAGAAGAAGAGGAAAAGAAGAGGCGCGAGCAGGAGAAUCAGAUGUACAAGGAGCGCCUACGCAUUCUCUUCAUCAUCGCUGCUUGCAUGAGCCUGCUAAACCUGUUCACCGCCAAUGGAGGGAACAUCUCUUGGAACGACUUUGUAAACGAGAUGUUGGCCAAAGGCGAGGUGGCACGGGUGCAGGUGGUGCCAGAGAGCGAGAUCGUGGAGAUCGACCUCCACCCUGGGGCUGUGAUUUUUGGCAGGCCUAGACUUGCCCUGACGUACCGCAUGCAGGUGGCCAACAUUGACAAGUUUGAGGAGAAGCUGCGUGCUGCAGAGGAGCAACUCAAUAUAGACCCCAAGGACAGAAUACCAGUGUCCUACAAGCGCACAGGCUUCUUUGGGAAUGCCCUGUACGCUCUCGGCAUGGCUGCUGUCGGCGUUGGAAUCCUGUGGUACAUCUUCCGUCUGGCAGGGAUGGGUGUAAGAGAGGGUGGAUUCAGUGCUUUUAAUCAGUUAAAAAUGGCAAAGUUCACCAUCAUUGACGGAAAGUCUGGGAAAGGUGUGAGCUUCAAAGAUGUAGCCGGGAUGCAUGAGGCCAAGAUGGAGGUGAAGGAGUUUGUGGACUAUCUGAAGAGUCCAGAGAGAUACUUAAACCUGGGAGCGAAGGUACCCAAGGGCGCGCUGCUGCUCGGGCCACCAGGCUGUGGCAAAACACUGCUGGCUAAGGCAGUAGCUACUGAAGCCCAGGUGCCCUUCCUCGCCAUGGCUGGCUCCGAGUUUGUGGAGGUGAUUGGAGGCCUUGGUGCUGCGAGGGUGAGGAGUUUGUUUAAAGAAGCGAGGACGCGGGCACCCUGCAUUGUCUACAUUGACGAGAUUGAUGCUGUGGGAAAGAAACGGUCCACUAACAUGUCCGGCUUCAGCAACACCGAGGAGGAGCAGACCCUCAACCAGCUGCUUGUGGAAAUGGAUGGAAUGGGUACCACUGAUCACGUCAUUGUCUUGGCGUCCACCAACCGAGCAGACAUUUUGGACAAUGCACUGAUGAGACCAGGCCGGCUAGACAGACACAUAUUUAUUGACCUCCCCACUCUCCAGGAGAGAAAGGAGAUCUUUGAGCAGCAUUUGAAGAUCCUGAAGCUUUCCCACCCUGCAGAUUUCUACUCCUUGCGUCUGGCUGAGCUCACACCUGGCUUCAGUGGUGCUGACAUUGCAAACAUUUGCAAUGAAGCUGCUCUUCAUGCAGCCCGCGAAGGCUACAAGUCCAUUGAUACCUUUAAUUUUGAAUACGCUGUGGAGAGAGUUAUUGCAGGCAGUGUGAAGAAGAGCAAGAUCUUGUCCAAAGAGGAGCAGAGGGUGGUGGCCUUCCAUGAGUCGGGCCAUGCGCUUGUUGGCUGGCUGCUGGAACACACAGAAGCUGUCAUGAAGGUGUCGAUAGCUCCCAGGACCAAUGCGGCUCUAGGCUUCGCUCAGAUCCUGCCGAAGGACCAGUACCUGUUUACCAAAGAGCAGCUUUUCGAGAGAAUGUGUAUGGCUCUGGGUGGAAGAGCCUCUGAAGCCAUUACAUUCAACAAAGUCACCACAGGUGCUCAGGAUGAUCUGCGGAAGGUGACGCGUGUUGCCUACGCCAUGGUGAAGCAGUAUGGCAUGGUGCCCAGCGUGGGCCAGGUGUCCUUCCCUGAAACCGAGGAACAGGCUGGUAUCGGGCGCAGGCCCUUCAGCCAGGGCCUUCAGCACCAGAUGGACCAUGAAGCUAAGAUGCUAAUUGCUCGUGCAUACAGACACACUGAGAAACUGCUCCUGGACAACAGGGAUAAACUUAUACUGUUGGCCAAUGCACUUCUUGAGCGAGAGGUGGUGAACUACGAUGACAUAGAGGCACUGCUCGGUCCCCCUCCACACGGGCCCAAAAAGAUGAUCGCCCCUCAGAGCUGGAUCGAAGCUGAGAAGGAUAAGCAGGAUGUGGGAGAGGAGGAGCCUCCCAUACCCCCCAGAGCUCAGAGGAAGGAUGAGGAAGAGGAGAAUGAGAACCUGGGGCCAGCGUGAUCCUCAGAGCUCAGAGUAUAUAUCAAAACGAGAGUGCAAAUCUCAUGCAGGGAACUGUGGGUAAUGUGUGCUUCUUAGCAAAGAAGGGAAGAAGGCUAUUCUUCUGAGGAUCAGUGUGAAGAUGGCACUUAUAGGAGAAAGCUGGUUGGUCAGCUCUAGGGAGAUAAAUGUGAUUACUUGCAGUGUUUUUACACACAGUUGCUGUUUAAAGCAGUUGUCUGCUUAUGCUUAAGUGGUAAUGGACAUCCCUUAAUUAAUUAAAGCGGGCUGUGCACUGUUUAUUUAUUUUGACAUGGAGUAUGUAGUGAGGCUAAGCUUCUAUGAUCCGCCAUGCUGACAUGUACUUUAAAAACACUGAUUUAGAAAUAAUUAUUAUUGUCACAGAUGAGAAUUAAUCUGCAGAACCCCACAUGUUGAAUACAUGUAAACGAUUUUGUAUAUUUUCCUUUCAAGUGCAUGAUCUGUUAUAUAGAUGUUAUUUUUGUGUUCAAUAAGUUCAACAGCACUGCAAUUGUUCUUUUAUUCGGAACUGAAAGAGUUAUUUUACAAAAUAAGUCAUGACAAAUAAUUUGCCGUUUUGUAAGAAAUAAAUAUUAAAACAAACAUUUCUUCAAAAACAAGAGUCACUAACAAACCAACAAAAUAAUAAAAAAAGGAAUUAUAGGUG